AUGUCUACAGACAAUAAAGGGCCAGACUCAAAGGAAAAAAUAUUACUCGAACCCUAUAAUUACCUAAUCUCUCAUCCCGGAAAAGACGUCCGAACGAAAUUCAUUACCGCGUUUGACGCAUGGCUAAAUGUGCCAAAGGACAUGUUAAAGAUCAUCACCAAGACAAUUGAAAUGCUACACACAGCAAGUCUAAUGAUCGACGACGUGCAAGAUGAUUCACACUUGAGAAGGGGUGUUCCUGUGGCUCAUCAUAUCUAUGGUAUUCCUCAAACGAUCAAUACUGCCAACUACGUGUAUUUCCUUGCUUUGAAAAAUAUUAUUCAGCUCAAUAUUCCCGAAAUGGUUAAUAUCUAUACCGAAGAGCUCAUACAUCUUCAUCAAGGUCAAGGCAUCGAGUUAUACUGGAGAGAUAGCUUAACGUGUCCAACAGAGGAAGAGUAUAUUGAAAUGGUCAACAACAAAACAAGCGGUCUGUUGAGACUUGGUGUAAGAUUGAUGCAAGCUGCAAGUAAAAGCCAAGUGGAUUACACUCCAUUGGUAAAUAUCAUUGGUGUUCAUUUCCAAGUACGUGAUGAUUACAUGAAUCUUCAGUCAAAUACAUACACCCAAAACAAGGGAUUUUGCGAGGAUCUGACUGAAGGCAAAUUCUCUUUUCCAAUCAUUCAUGCCAUAAGAGCAGAUCCGAGCAAUAGACAAUUAUUAAAUAUCAUCUCUCAAAAGCCAACGUCUGUAGAAGUAAAGCAGUACGCAUUGGAAAUCAUCAAAAGGACAGGUAGCUUUGAGUAUGUUCGCGAGUUCCUUUACAAGAAAGAACAGGAAGCAUUUGCAGAAAUCAAGAGGCUAGGAGGAAACCCCUUGUUGGAAAGAGUAAUGCAGACAUUAUCCGUGUCAAAUGAAAGUAGCAGUAACAGCAACAAUGAUAUUUAA